AUGUCGCAGGUCACGCAACGCAAGAACGCAGCGAACAAGCAGUCUGCCAUGGAUGAUGCCGACAAGCUGACCGGACCUGAAAAGUUUGUUGUCCCAGAGCUAACUGUGAAGGAUGUGUUGAGCGUUAUCCCUGCCCACUGCUUCCAACGCUCUGCGCUCCGCUCCUCUGCGUAUAUCGCGAUGGAUGUCGGACUCAUCGCAGCCAUAUACCGCGCCGCGUCGACCCUGAUUCCGAAAAUCAACCCUGUGGAUCUCCCCCUCUCUCCCGCGCUUGUCUCGGCGCUUCCUCCGGUUGCCCAGGACGCGCUCCAAAAAGCACUGCCAUAUCUAUACCCUGUUGGCAGAUUCCUUGGCUGGCAAGCAUAUGGCUACGCGACUGGUCUCGUAGCGACUGGUCUGUGGGUUAUUGCCCAUGAAUGCGGUCACCAGGCAUUCAGCGAAAGCAAGUUCAUCAACAAUGCAGUCGGAUGGGUUCUGCACUCGGCGCUUGGAGUGCCUUACCAUUCCUGGCGUAUUAGCCAUGCCAGACAUCACGCUUCGACGAGCCAUAUGACCAACGACCAGGUCUUCGUUCCCAAGUCUCGUUCUCAACGCGGCUUGCCUCCCCUGGACCCAGCAAAGGAAGAUCUUGCUGGCUCACGCGUCGACGAGAAAAUUCAGGAAGAGCUCUGGGAUGCACUUGGUGACUCUCCGAUAGGCGCUGCCUGGUGGGUCUUUGCACAACUCCUCUUCGGUUGGCCAAUGUACCUCCUUACCAAUGCGUCUGGCCAAAAGUCCUACCCCAAGGGCACAAACCACUUUACGCCCGGCUUGCCGCUCUUCCAGCCCCAUCAGUUCGGUCAGAUCAUCAUCUCUGAUAUUGGGAUCUUCAUCUGGUUGGCUGGAAUUGUUACUUGGACUUACCAACGCGGUUUCCUUGAAUGUCUCACCCUCUAUCUCAUUCCUUAUCUCUGGGUCAACCACUGGCUCGUCUUGAUCACUUUCCUCCAGCAUACUGACCCCCUUCUCCCCCACUACCGCGCAUCCUCAUUCACGUUUACCCGUGGAGCACUCUCGACACUUGAUCGGAACUUGCUCGGUGGACCUGGAAUCUUUGGAGCUAUCACCGGCUGGCUCGGCGCCACUCUCACGCACGGAAUUUCCGAGACACACGUUGCCCACCACGUCGCAAGCAAGAUCCCUCACUACCACGCAUGGGAAGCCUCGCGCCACCUCAAGGCCCGCCUCGCCUCUGCCGGAUACGACCAUGAAGGCCGACCGGGAACAUGGAGCGAAGCUCUCCGCGUCUGGAAAGAGUGCAAGUUUGUUGAAGACGAGGGCGAAGUCGUGUUUUACAAGAAUGCUCGUGGGUUUGCGGCUCGUCAGGCUGUGUUUGCCAAUGAGGGCGUGAGCGACUCGGGUAUCGAUGUCAAGGACCAGGAGUAA